AUGGAAACUAGAGCUAUUGGCAUUCGUCUUCACUAUAGUUCACCGACCAGCAAAGAUGCUCACAGAAUGCGACCUCUUGUCAAGAUACAAGGGCAUACUAAGCAAGUGGAGGAAUACGGAAGAAGCCCACACAGACAACCCAAUCAUUGCAGCGGCAUGGAAAUUCAGAGAAGACGAAGCACCGCGCUGGCCCAGACAGCACCUACUGCCCACUGUGAGAGGCGACCGGAUACAACACGCACAGAACUAGCGCAACUAUGUGACACAGCAAGAGCAACAUGGAUCAUUGGAAGAUCCCUGGACACCAUUGCAGACAGCUUUGAACUACUGGGAGGAACCAUGGUGCUAACAGCUAGCACCAGCGAGGAGGAAUAUUGGCAGUUACAACAUGACAUACCAAGCAUUGAAACGUUUGCCAAAAGGCUGGUCAACAACACAGCCCAACCGCCAGUAGAAUGCUUGAUUGUAACCAACAUGGAAAAAUAUACCUCAACAACCUCGGAGGCCCUUCGCACCAUCAUCAGAAAAGCAAUGACACGGGGAAAAACACAAUGCAUACUCAUGUGGACAGGAACGCCACCAGACGUGAUCAUCGACGAAUGGGAACAAUACAUCAAAAGAGAAACCAGAGACAGAACCGACCUACAAAUCGCGACACACACAGCCAGGGGCAGCACAGCACAAGCGGACAUAGACACCAAACACACCAUCAUACUCACAGCCGGGAGGAGAGUGAUAGAGGCGUGGAGCAGAAGUUUAGUCAAGGAAGAUCCAUACGCACAGCCAGGAACGAUCAAAAAACGCUAUGGACGCACCAAACAAAAGCUACACAGGAUAUUUCAACGUGGCAAGGCUAGGACAAAACAGAGUCCACACGGUCGACUCACAAGGACACACACAAGAACACAAGAUCUACGAUACCACCAAAAUCUCCCCCAGCUUCCACACAACACCCAUGAUCUCAGCGCAAGGCACGAUAGCAAUCGCAACCAACAACGCCGAGGUAAUAUCACCGGUCCAAACGAUCAGACCUUGGGAAGCCCUCAGCCUGUUUGGUUUCACAAAAGAGGACAGCAGACAACUGCUGUUUGA